GUAGAGUGAUCUGUAGCUAACUAAGCAGGCUGUGGAUUAUAAUACAGACAUAUAUCUUCCUGAACUACACUACACAAUAUGUUUAUUUUGAGAGCUGUGAUCAUUUUUCUGUUGUUCGAGUGCUUUACUCAGACUCAAGCCUUAAACGCAUUAAACAACUAUGGCGAUAUUGCUUAUCCUGGUCGCUGUGUUGUGGACAUGGGCACCUCCGUAGUGCUGCUAAAAUUCGCUGAAUCCGUCAAGUUGGAAUCGCUGCCCUGCACUCGAAUCUUUUGCAUGGGCGAUGGGUGGGGCAUGCUGCAAACUUGUGAUUAUGUGCCACCUCCAAAUGAUUGUCGCUACGCAAGAUUCAAGAACUGGGACUCGGAAUUUCCUCAUUGCUGCAAGCGUUUUAUUCGAUGUGAUUGAAUUUUCAAAUUUCUUGUCACUUAGCUUUUAAGUGUGCUAUUUAUUUCAUUCUUUUUUUUCUGUAUAGAACUAAA